AUGGAUUACACAACAAUUGCUAUGGUUGUUUCGAUAUUUUUUCUGAGCUUUAACCUUCUAAUCAAAUCUCAUAUAGGACUCGCUAAGAAAAAAUCACAUAACCUCCCUCCUGGACCUAAACCGAUACCAAUUUUUGGCAACAUUUUCGGUCUUGGUAAAAAGCCACAUCGAACCUUUACCAAUCUUACCAAAAUCUAUGGCCCUUUGAUGAGAGUAAAGUUAGGAAGUGUCACAACUAUUGUGGUGUCUUCUGCAUCCAUUGCUAAAGAAAUGUUCCUUAAAAACGAUCAAGCACUCUCUAGUCGAACAAUUCCAGAUUCGGUAAGAGCAUGUGACCAUAGCAAGUUUUCUUAUGCAUGGAUUCCCAUUUCUCCAAAAUGGCGAAAUCUUAAAAAAAUCUCUGUCAUCCAAUUGCUUUCAAACAAGCGUCUUGAUGAUAGCCAAGAACUUAGACAAGCCAUGAUUAAACAACUUCUUGCAUAUGUGCAAAAUUGUUGUAUAAAAAUGCAAUCUAUUAAUAUUGGAAAGGCAGCAUUUACCACCACACUUAACCUAUUAUCAAACACAUUAUUUUCAAUGGAACUUGCUAGCUAUGAGUCUAGUUCUUCCCAAGAACUUAAGGACCUUGUGUGGAACAUUAUGUUAGAAAUGGGUAGGCCUAAUUAUGCUGAUUUCUUCCCAAUUCUUGCCUAUAUUGACCCUUUUGGAGUACGACGUCGUAUGGCUAGUUGUUAUAGUAAGCUCUUGGAUUUAUACAAAGAGAUCAUUAAUGAAAGGCAAAAGAUUCGAUCCACUAAUCAUCAGCUUGAUGCAAAACCAACAAAUGAUAUUUUAGACAUUCUUCUCAAUCUCCACCAAGAGAAUGAAUUGAGUAUGGAUGAUCUUCUUCAUCUACUAGUGGACAUAUUUGAUGCUGGAACAGAUACUACUGCAAAUAUAUUAGAGUGGGCAAUGACAGAGCUAAUAAAAAAUCAAAAUAUUAUGGAUAAGGUUCAAAUUGAAAUUGAGGAGGCUCUUGGAAGAGAUCAUUCAAACAUUCAAGAAUCUGACAUCUCAAAACUUCCGUACUUGCAAGCUAUCAUCAAAGAAACUUUUCGUUUGCAUCCUCCAACAGCGUAUCUAUUACCCCGAAAGGCAAAUAGUGACGUAGAGUUAUGUGGCUACACUGUGCCAAAGAAUUCUCAAGUCCUUGUAAGUCUCUGGGCCAUUGGCCGUGACCCAAAUAUAUGGAAAGAUCCAGAAGUAUUUUCUCCUGAAAGAUUUUUGGAUAGUGACAUAGAUUUUAAGGGACAAAAUUUUGAACUCUUACCUUUUGGAGCAGGUAGGAGAAUAUGUCCUGGAAUUUCCUUGUCAUAUAGAAUGUUGAGUUUGAUGAUGGCAAAUCUUCUUUGCAACUACAACUGGAAACUUGAAGAUGGUAUGCAUCCUAAUGAUUUAGACUUGGAUGAGAAGUAUGGAAUGACAUUGCAAAAAGCUAAUCCUCUUCAAAUUAUUCCCACCCCUCGGAAUAAUUAA